AGAGAUUCCAAGGCAAACUCAAACCCAGAGAGAUGAUGAAGAUGAGACAUAAUCAAUGUGAUGUUAUGGCAACUUGCAUGUACCUGAAGAGAAAUAAGUAUGCUGCUUUGAUUGAGCAAUCAGCAGACAUCUUCUAUUAAACCAUUCUUGCAAAAGGGAUCUCAGCAAAAGAUAUAUUAACAGAGAAUAAAACUGAAGACAGGAUUCAAACCUUUGUUGCAGUUGGGGACAUGAUGAAAAACCUGUAGACAUGGAAGUCUCAUCGGACUUAUCAAAUUCGUACUCCACCAAGCCCACAAUGCAACUUGUCCAGUCCCCUCUGGCUUCAAAGCUCAAAGAACCUAUGCGCAUCCAUGGACCUACCACCAACAGCGUUAUCGUUGCUUGGACAACCAGCCAGCCCUGGCCAUCCAGUCCUUCCCCAUCAUCCCCAUCCACAUCAUCAUCGACCUCUUCCUCAUGGAGUUCAGGAAACAGCCCUUCCUAUUCCUUCCAAGCCAACGAUCCAGGGACAUCCAAGGUAGACCAUGUGGUAUCCUCCACCAAGAUCCUGUGUGCCGUGUGUGGGGAUCAAGCCACAGGGCGUUAUUUUGGUGCUCAAAUCUGCGAAGCAUGCAAGAGCUUUUUCAUCAGAAGCACAAGAAAAGGAGAGCCCACCUUUCGAUGUGUGAAUAAUCAGGACUGCCACAUCACCCCCUUUUCAAGGCUGCUAUGUCAGUACUGUCGCUACCAGAAAUGCAUGAAAGCAGGAAUGGGCCGAAAAGUUAAAGAGCCCAACAAAGAUUUAGCCAAGGACCAAGUCCCAUGUAAAGUUUGUGGUGAUGUGUCAUCGGGUAUACAUUUUGGAGUGUAUACAUGUGAGGGCUGUAAGGGCUUCUUCAGGAGGAGCCUUCGUGAUAGAAAUACCUACAGCUGUUCUGGAAAAGAGGAGUGCAUCAUAACAUCUGUAACACGGAACCAUUGUCGCUAUUGCCGCUUCAAGAAGUGCCUUAGUGUGGGCAUGUCAAGAGCCUGUAUCAAGUUGGGAAGACACCAGAAGUAUAAUACUCAUCUUGUUGAAGAUCAAGGUAAAUCCUCAGUAACACCUCCUCUUUGGCCAAAUGGAGGAAUGCAGAGUGGUUUACAAUCUAGCCCUGAAACUUCAUUAUAUAAAGAGAAUAGUAAUAAGAUAUCUGCAAGGGAUGUUGAUCAGCGGACAGAGCAAGAGCAAGGAAACAGUAUUCAGAGGGUCUUCAAGCAAGAAGGUGCAGUAGGUGCUACCCCAGCUGUAAGAGAAGCACUAAAGAAGAGCUCCUCCAUACCAAAACAAUCGAGUGAAUCUUGUACACCCCAUAGUGGGUUGUCUCCUUUGGACAUUCCCAAGCAGUCUGUUAAUCAGCCAAGUGUGUCCCCAAGUAAUGCCCAUUUCCAGUACUUACCGCAAAACUCUCCUUUGCUUGCCACAUCAGACAAAUGCGCAGAGAUGUCUGUUGCACAUUCAAGGAGCAGAAGCAAUCAUCACAAAAAGAAACCCACUUUAUCUAGUGCACACAGUGUUUCCUCAAGCCACCCCAUGCCCCAGCCACUUUGUGUAAAUAACAGUGGCUGGGAAGAUCGCAGUUUACCAAAGAAUACAUUUUCUCCAUUGCAGUUUGACUCAGACAAACAUUCAACUGUUGGUUCCAAAUCUGAUUCAUCUGUACACCCUCAACCUGGAGACAUGGUACUCAUUAAAAAGGAAGUAUUAGAUGCCUCUGCAUAUUCUCCAUACCAUUCAUACAUUAGUAAUCUGAAUUGCUCCCACCUCAGAGAAGAUAUUACUGCCAACCACGAGGAACAAGUUGACAUAGACACUGCCAGAAUUGCUAGUGAUGAAAGAUUUGUUGGUAAUCUAGUUGCUACAUCCACAACUUUGACUGAGCCAGAUGUAGUUGAAGUUUUGAGUACUAUGGUAGAGAGAAAUAAUGCUGAACAUGAUUGUCAUGUCUCUUCAGAUUCUCAAUUGAUGUCUAUGGAAAGUGAAUCAAGAAAAAACAUUCACACAAAUAUGUGUGUAUCCCCUGCAGGAUCAAGUGCUUGUUCUGUGCCUGGUAUCUCUCCCCAGAGUAGUCCAGGGCCAUCCUGGUAUGUUUCAAGGUCACAGACACCAAGUCCUGCAAUCCCUGGCUGCGCUGGUGCAUCUCCCACUGCAUUGCCCACUCUUCCAUUUGAUAAGUAUAAGCAACAAACAGAAGCAUCAGAUGAAACCAGAGAAGUAGCUUUUACAUCUGGUCCAGUUACACCUGUAAUAUGUGCUUUAGAGGACAGUGAGUAUUCACCUGCAGCUACCAGCCCAAGCCAUUCCUUCUCCUCCCAAAGUUCACCUAUAUCUCAUUCUGCUAACUCUAGUGUCAGUAGUCCCUUGAUGGAUCAACUUCAAAAUAGUCAGGCUCUUCUUUCCUAUGACAGGCUCUACACCUGUCCAUUUUCUGGUCAUGUUUCCGCCAAUGUUGCUCGUAAUGUUGCUUUGAUCUGCCACAACCUCCUACAGAGGAUGAAGAGUGGACAUCUGACUGAUCGAGUGUUGUCCGCCCAAACAGAGUGGGACCUGAUGAAGCACACCAGUGAUCUUGGAGCCCUCGAAAGAGACAGCAUUCUGUUUGAUUUGACACGCAGCAUGACUGGAUACACUGCGGUCAUGAAGUCAUUGUUACACAACGAAAACAUACGAACAGCUACAGAAUACUUGUCACACAAUCGGGAAUGCAAUAGUGGCCUCCAUUGGGACAAGUUUAAUGAGACUGUUAGUAUGAAGAUCAUUGCCAGUGUUCAGUAUAUCAAGAAAAUACCAGGAUUUGCAUCCAUCGACAUGAAUGACCGUAUAAACCUGAUAAAGCACAGCGUAUUCCCUAUUAUCCUGGUCCACAAAGCUUGGAAGAUGGGUGAGGAAUGGAAGUGGAUGGAGGAUACGUUCUACACUAAUGCCUCCCUACGCAGGAUGUCUGAUGGCUUUAAGGACAUGACAUAUUCUUUCAUCAACCAGUUCAAUUUGGCCAGCUUUGAUAGCAUCGAGGUGGCACUUCUCAUGAUACUGGUAACGCUUAAUCCAGAUUUGGAGGGCUUAGUGAACAAGCAGGCUGUUCUUAAACUUCACAAGGAUUAUCGCACCAUUAUGCAGAAUUACUGCCUUGAAACACAUGGCAAAUUGGACAACUACUUGAUCAUGUUACAGUUUGUGCCCUAUCUCUCCAAAAUUGACCUUGUCCACAAACGAUCCAUACGGCAGUGUGAACAUUCUACUUUCUCCAUGCCGGCUCUCUUUGCAGAAAUAAAUCUGUCUUCAUAGUUCAAUAUUGAUUUUCUUGAAGAAACAGGGCAGGUUAGUUGAAGACAUCAUUAGAUUCUUCUGUCAGUCAGGUUAGGCAGAGUUGAAAAAAAAAAUAUGUGUGUAUUCUUCAAGUCUUGUGUGUAUCAGAAAUUGUGUAACAAUAUUCCUAAAUGGAUGACAGGUAAUCAUGUUUGUUUUGUUAUCUAGUUGUAGAGUAAAUAUGAUGUGAUUACCUAGGAUCUGUAGGAACCAUUUCUUUAAAAAUCUCCUCAAAAAAGGUUUAUUUCUUGAGACUCCUAUCUUAUUAUUCCAUUAUCUAAUGAUUGCCAUUUUUAUUUGAUAAAAUGAAUGCAGUCUCAAAUUAAUUUAAAGGAAACCAAAGGAUUCAUGUUUGAAGGUAGAAAAUGCUUGCACCUUUUGAGAAAACAAGAUUUAUUUUACUAGUCAUGUUAAAUCUUUCAAAAAUUUACCUCCAAAUUGCACUUAAUUGAAUCUUAUUAACUAAAGCACAUUAGAGGGGAGGGAAAUUUGUUUUCUUUAAACAAAACUUGUUCUGAAUAUUUUAAAAUAAUUGAGUGACCAUAUUGUAUGAGGCCAUCUUUGAAAUUGUAAUGUAAUUUGUGAAUUCAGAGGCACGCAGUGUAUACCCAGCUUUGAUACACAAGAAUAUGCAAAAUAUGGCCAUUGUCUAAACCAAAAUGAAAAUUUGUUUAAAAGAUAAUUUUCUAAUUUGUGUGUGUGUGUGUGUGUAUUUGAUGUCAUAAUUGUUCACCAUGGAAUGAAAUGAAUCACAUUUGUAUAAUAAUUUGUGUGUGAAAAAAAUUCAAUGAAAGAAAAAGACCGAAGUGUACUAUAAAAAACCAGGGAGAUGUGCACAAUGUGUUUGUGCCUUUUGAUUACCUCAAAUAUUUUUCAUUAUUUUUUUUAAUUAUACAAUAGAUUUUUUCCUGACAUUUUGAUCGGCUCAUUGCUGGUGGCAUGUUCUGUUUGACGCUGAGUUGUAAACAAAAUUUGUCAAAUUGUGUAGUAUAAAGAUUUGUUUAUUGUGACUAGCAAUGUUGUUUAGAAUUAAUUAUAUGUCAGUGUACAGAGAGUAGUCAUUGGGAACUAAAUGGAUAAGUGUAUAUGUACUCUUUCUGAUUGAAGUAAGCACAUGUAUUGGCAUGCACGUACAGAAUGAAUACGCAAAGUAGUGUUUGUCACACAAAUAAUUUUUGCAAUGAUUGAUCCUUAUGGACCUGUACACUUAAAUUGAUAUUUUCCAUCGCCUGUACACACCACCGUGUAAAUGUAAAUGCCUAUAGAUAUACAUCGUUAAAGGAUUGCAGAUUUGAUACUUACCAGAUGCUCUACAUCCUUUCACGAGACUCCCAUUGUAGCUUUGCCUCCAAUGGUUAUUACCAUGGAAACCUUAAUUUGUUGCCAUGGUUAUUGUCAUGGUUAACCAUUAAUGGUUCAUCAUUAACAUACAAACCAUAAUUUUGAUUAGCUGUUGAGCGAUUUUUGCGAUGGUAGUUGCCAUUGAUAACAAUUACCAUCAGUGGUUUUCUGUAACCAUGGAAACCAUUUUGUGUGCUGUUGAUCGACAUUGCCAUAGAUAACAGGAUUCCUGUCAGUGGUUCAUAGUGACGGAAACAAUUUUGAUAGUCUGUAAAGUAUGCUGCCAUGCUAAAUGGAGGAGUCCUCCUUAAGGGUUCACUGUAAACAGUCCAAGGCUUUAUCCUACCCCCAGGACUUCAACUAUAAAGUAUAUGUGGGCUCAAUCCAAAAUUUACCCCCCCC